AUGGGCAUCUCUGUUAAAGAGAUUGGAAGUCUUCACGCAACACACAGCGAGCUCCUAUGUUGCCACUUCCAUUCACAAGGGAAGUUGUUGGCUGCUGCUGGAGACGAGGUUGUGAUUUGGGACUUGGAAAAUAAUGAUGUUAACACUGGAAAAGGUCAUGCUCAUCUCGUUACAGAUAUCCGUUUUACACCAAAUUCAAGGGUGUUUGCAACAUCUUCUUUUGACAGAACUGUGAUGAUAUGGGAUGCAGCCAAGCCAAGCAACCCUUUCCAAAAACUUGUGGGGCAUGCUGAUCAUGUGAUGUCCAUAGAUUUUCAUCCAUCAAAGGUGGGUCUUCUCAGUUCUUGUGAUAGCAACGACGAGAUUAGACUGUGGGAUGUCAAUGACGGUGAUUGCAAACUCAUUUUUAAGGGAGGUAGUAGACAGGUUAGAUUCCAACCUCGAUUUGGGAACCUUUUGGCAUGUUCUACCGGAAAUAUUAUAAAUAUAUUUGAUGUGGAGACUAACAGCGUCCAACUACAGUUACAGGGACAUGUCGGAGAUGUCCGUUCAAUCUGUUGGGAUAUGAGCGGGAAUUUCCUGGCAUCCGUGAGCGAGGAUAGUGCACGGAUAUGGUGUGUUAGCGGAAGAAAGUAUUUACAUGAACUGCGUUCUAGUGGCAAUAAGUUCCAGUCAUGCACUUUCCACCCUGACCGCGCUCAAAUCUUGGCGAUUGGUUCUCAUGAGUUACUGGAGCUGUGGAAUCCAAUGUACCAGAGCCACAGAACUUGGCCACACCAAGCACAUGGUGGUAUAAUUUCUUCAUUUGCAGAUUCACCUCCGACAGGAACCAUAGCCUCAGUGAGUCACGACCAGUAUAUCAAGAUAUGGCAGUGAUGCUUGUUUCUUCGUGGAUCAAGAUACAGCCAUCAAACUUGUUUCUUUCUCUUCUUAUUGGAGGAUUUUUAUAUGAUACCUUGGCCAUUUACAUAAUCAUAAAGAGAUGAUUCCUUAUUUAUAGGAAUCAGUUUAUUUGUCAUUAAUUGUUAUACAAUGGCAAUACUUCCAAAGAUCUUUUUAUACUAUAUUAGAAAGGUAUUUUCAA